AGAGAGAAGACGAGAGAGAGAGAGAGAUGGCAUGAAGAACUCUGUAUCGGAGCAGAGUUUCUACAUAGACAGUGAGGAAGAAGAAGAUGAAGAGAAGGUGCUAUACGACAAAGUCGAAGAUAACGAAGCUGCUAACAAUUCCGAUUCUUCGAAUUAUUCGAGCGAUAACGAAAACGAGAUCCGUCAACAAAGCAAGCCCAAUUCUCUUAACCCCUCUUGGCCUCAGAGUUACAGGCAAUCGAUUGAUCUGUACAGUAGUGUACCAUCACCAAGCCUUAAUUUUCUCGGGACACCUACGUUAACACGAUUUAGCAGCUCGUUUCUAUCGUCGACUCUUACAAGGAGACACACACCCGAGAUAUUGCCUUCUUUAAGCAAGCCUCUUAUUACACCUGUCGAUGAAGAGAAGCCUAAAGAAAGACGGAGUUCGUCACAUUCUCUUUUGCCACCUAUACCCUCGAGGAAGUCUAGUUUGAAGAAAAUAAUACCCGAUGGUAAAUCUUCGGUUUCUCACGAACUUCCGCUUUCUCGGCAGAGCUCGUACGGUCAAGCGGUGCUAAAUGGAAUGAACGUACUAUGCGGGGUCGGAAUUCUUUCAACUCCAUACGCUGUAAAAGAAGGAGGAUGGAUCGGUCUUUCUAUACUAUUUAUAUACGCAAUACUUUCUUACUACACCGGAAUUCUCUUACGGCACUGCCUCGACAGUCAACCUGGCCUCGAAACCUACCCCGAUAUCGGACAAGCUGCGUUCGGUACCGUAGGUCGUAUUGCCAUAUCCAUAAUUUUAUACGUGGAGCUAUACGCUUGUUGUGUUGAGUAUAUUAUUUUGGAGAGCGAUAACUUGUCGUCUUUAUUCCCGAACGCGCAUUUAAAUAUCGGAUCGUUCGAAUUGAACUCUCACCAUCUUUUUGCCGUGAUGACUGCGCUAGCUGUUCUUCCGACUGUUUGGCUACGCGAUUUGAGUAUUCUUAGCUACAUUUCUGCUGGAGGAGUUAUCGCGUCGAUAUUAGUGGUCGGUUGUUUGUUUUGGGUUGGAUUAGUCGAUCAAGCUGGUUUCGAGCCUCAAAAAACGACGACGCUAAAUCUUUCGACUCUUCCAGUUGCUAUCGGUUUAUACGGUUAUUGCUAUUCGGGACAUGCCGUUUUCCCUAAUAUUUAUACGUCGAUGGCUAAACCUUCUCAAUACCCUUCGGUACUUUUAUUGAGCUUCGGAAUCUGCACUGUGAUGUAUGCUGCAGUUGCCGUUCUGGGAUACACUAUGUUCGGCGAGUCGACUCAAUCGCAGUUCACUCUCAACAUGCCGCAAGACUUAAUUGCAUCUAAAAUUGCCGUUUGGACUACAGUGGUCAAUCCAUUUACCAAGUAUGCAUUAACGAUGUCUCCCGUGGCAAUGAGUCUCGAAGAAUUGAUACCGUCUAGCCACGUUAAAUCACAUGUCUACUCGAUCCUCAUAAGGACGGCUUUGGUCAUUUCUACUUUGCUCGUCGCUCUUAGCAUUCCCUUCUUCGGUCUUGUGAUGGCAUUGAUUGGUUCUUUACUCACAAUGCUUGUUACCUUGAUUCUUCCAUGCGCGUGCUACAUGAGCAUCGUAAAGAGAAAAAUAAGCUUAUUUCAGGGGUCGAUGUGUGUAUUGGUGAUUGGAGUCGGAUUAGUUUCUGCGAUAUUCGGAAGCUAUUCGGCGCUCUCCCAGAUUAUCCAGAAUUUGAUCUGAUAUUUUUUUGGCAUUGUGUUUCAUAUAAUUUGUGUGCAAUCUUUGCAUUUAAGUGAGGUGAAAACAGUUGUGUUUUGCAAAUUGUUGUUAUGUUAUAUUAUAUUAUAAAUAGUUUCUCUGAAAAUCGAAUGGAUUAGACCGGAAUCGCUAUUUCAGGAAAUUUCGAAAUUUUCAAAAGUAAAAAAAGAUUAUUAUUCUUA